CAACCAUAAACUAAGUUGUGCAGUUCCCCCCUCUAUGCCGCUUCUUUGGAGCUACAAAUAAAAUGGCUUAUCCACACUAUUCUCCGCCGCCACCAUCACCACCUCCUCCUUGCACCCCUGUGCCACCUCCGCCUUCCCCUCCAUGCACCCCUGUGCUCCCUCCGCCAAUCCCUGCUACCCACCCACCAAAAUCUUCACCUCCCAAGUGUGAGCUGCCGCCGCCACCAACACUAUCCUAUUACCCUCCGUCCCCAAAACCAAAAGUUCCUUCUAGUCCUGGUCCAAGUAAUAAGGCGCCGCCACCUAAACUGUCAGAUCCACCAUCCCCAGUAAUAGCGUCACCACCACCAGGAAGCAACCGGAUUAUCAUCAUCGCCGUGUGUGUUUCCCUUGCUGGCACCUUUUUCCUUGCAUUUCUGCUCGUUGGUUCUUGUGAAGAACAACCUGUAACAGUAAUAGAAAUUGAGGAUGACGUGGUGGUUCAUGCAAGCUGUGGGCGCUGUUCCUUUAGUCUGCAUGGCUGCCGGGUUGCUGCUGAAAUCAGGGCUCCCUGGUAGUGGCUCUCCUCGUCACAGGAAUUAAAAACUAGCUAGCCAGGUUUGUAGAAUAUAUCAACUCGCUGCUGCAUGCAUGAUGCAUACAUUGAAUUUCAAUUCCUUCCAUAUAUUGAAAUAAGUUUGAUCGAAUUGCUCUCAUGUAAUUGUUGAUAUUGUGUGUUUAGAAUGAUGUUAAUUUUGAAUAUAUCAAUAAGCAGGGAAAGGUGAA